UCAGUUUUAUCCAAUGACUACUUAGUUUAGAAAUCAAGCACUGGAUAAGAGAAAGAGUGUCAAGAUGGCGUCUGAGCUUGAUGACGCUGCUGUGGAUAAAGAUAAAGAAUUGCGACAGAAAAGGAUCAACACUGCAGUGAAGUUUCUUCAAAAUCCGAAAGUAAGGGAAACUCCAGUGUCAGCACGUAAAGCGUUUCUUGAGAAGAAAGGAUUGUCCAAAGAUGAAAUAGAAGAAGCGCUUAGAAUAUCAGGAACAGCAACUGAUGAGAUAUCAGGGCCAUCAAAUCCCCCACCUCCAUCUCCAAGAGGUACCAAGGUUCCACCUUCAGGUCACGCCUCAGGGCUGCCUCUACCUCCAAUGCCAUGGAGAAGUUAUGUUGGAGCUGCCAUCUUAGGAGGAGGAAUUGGAUAUACACUAGCUCAUCUUUUCAAGACAUUUGUUCUGCCAUACUUUUACCACACAAAAAGUAAAGAGGAAGAGAAACUGGAGAAAAUAGAAACUACUGUGACAGAACUAAAAGGCAACAUGGAAGGGAGAGUACAAAAAAGCUUGGAAUCUGUGGAGGGUCUUCUUGAGCAACAGCAAAACAAACUUCAAAGUUUAGCUCUUGACCUAGCUUCCACUCAGUCUAAGGUGGCCCUGUUACCAUCUGAAAGUUAUACUGUUGGGGAUUUGAAAGGGGAGAUUCUUUCUCUGAAAGGUCUUCUCCUGAACAGGAAACAGUUCCCAUCUCCAGUGAUGGGCUCCACCCCAGGUGCUCCAAGCAUUCCAGCAUGGCAACGGGCUGUUACUUCAACAGAACGAACAAGGACAACUUCUUCCUUAGCUGACUCAUCUGAAAUGCCUGUUUCCACUGAGUCAUCAGACAGCAAAGAGUUGUCCAAAGUUUCUUCUUUUGAGCAAAGCGCUAUGAAUGGUGAGUUAUCCAAACAUUUUGACAGUGUUGAAAAAGGGGCUAGUAUAGAAACACAUGACGUUGUGACUUUAGAGGAUAGUCCUGCCAACCAAAGUGGUACAUCUAGUAGUGGAACCGAAUCUGCCACCACACCCAAGACUGUAGUUGCAGCAAAUGAGUUAAGUCUCAAUGAUGCCAUGCUUAAUGACACAAGUGUUAUUAGUUCAGAUGGAAGCCUUUCCUCAAUGUCAGAUUUAUCAGGGAAUACUUCUUUCCAUGAAAAAUCUAUUGCAUUUUCCUCCACUUGCAUCAAGGCUCCGUCUGAUCUGGCUUUGCGUUCAGAUUCAACUGUUGAAUUUGGGGAAGGUGUAAAUGACUCAGCUGGUGUCACGACUGCGCAAUAGGGAUUCAUUGUGGAAGUGACAACUCCAUCUUUGGAAGUGAGUCGCAGAUAGGGGCUUCUAACAGAGUGAUUGUGGAGCCUACAAGUAACUUUAUCAAAGUGAAAAUCAUGGCAGAUGACAUUUGAUCAUGUUCUGGAGAAGGUCUUUAUCAGCAUCUGGAGGGAAAUUUUGGUAUGAUUCAACUGAAAACAAGCUGGUCUGAAAUUUUUGGACAGCAAGUUUGGGUCUCAUCCUGAAUAUUAGUAAAGAAACUACAAUGUGGAUCUACAGCUUUAGUAAGCCAUAACACCCAAAAAUGGAAACUUGUACUGAGCUGGUUGGAGGGUGUUUUAGUUUGGUUCUAGUUAUGUUCACAUGAACUGAUGUGAGCCAUAACCAUUCAGUUUGGUGCUUGGAGGGGGGUGGAAGGGGACAGGGUUUACUUGAUCAAUGUUAGCAUACAGGAAUUGCUGCCAUGAGCUUGAAACAUUAAACUCUAAAUUUAGAGUUUAGGACAGGUGCUGAAUGACUCUUUUGUCAAAAGAUUGUCCUAAAACAUUUUUUGAAAAAACAUCUCUUUUCAUAAAACAUCUAUCAGGUCAUUCUGUGUCAACAAUCCUCAAACUAUACCAUGUUUGAAUUCCAUGUGGGAGUAGUCCCUUUAUUUACAACAUGGAUAUUACUGUUGUUAUUAUAAUGUACAAGAUGAGAUUCCCAGUAUGAGAACUCAAUAAAAGUUGAUUUUGAUGUA